GGAGCAAGUGAAGCGUAAUUUGAGGAAGAUGGAUGAGUCCGGAGGGCGACACCCCCAGCCCGCCCGCCCGCCCCCUCCCUCCUUAUGAGCGAGGGAGCGCGGCGCCGGAGCCACACUGCGCCGAGCCCGCGCCCCGCCGCCACCUCGGCCCGCGCGCCCGCAGCGAGCCCUGCGUGUCCGCGCGGGGCGCACGGCGGGGCCCGGGCAGCGCCAUGCAGAGAGCGGCGGGCGGCGGCGCCCCCGGGGGCAGCGGCGGGGGCAGCGGCGGCCCGGGCGCCGCCUUCUCCAUCGACUCGCUCAUCGGGCCGCCGCCGCCGCGCUCGGGCCACCUGCUCUACACCGGCUACCCCAUGUUCAUGCCCUACCGGCCCCUCGUGCUGCCACAGGCGCUGGCCCCGGCGCCGCUGCCCGCCGGCCUGCCGCCGCUCGCCCCGCUCGCCUCCUUCGCGGGCCGCCUGAGCAACACCUUCUGCGCUGGGCUGGGCCAGGCGGUGCCCUCGAUGGUGGCGCUGACCACUGCGCUGCCCAGCUUCGCAGAGCCCCCCGAUGCCUACUACGGACCCCCGGAGCUCGCCGCUGCCGCCGCCGCCGCCGCCGCCUCUACCGCCUCACGAAGCAAUCCCGAGCCCGCGGCCCGGCGCACGGAGGGAGCGCUGGACGCCGACGAGCUGCUGCCGGCGCGCGACAAAGUGGCUGAACCCCCGCCGCCCCAGCCACCGCACUUCUCAGAGACUUUCCCGAGUCUGCCGGCAGAGGGGAAGGUGUACAGCUCUGAUGAGGAGAAGCUGGAGGCCCCAGCAGGAGACCCCGCGGGCAGCAGCGAGCAGGAGGAAGAGGGCUCGGGCGGCGACAGCGAGGACAGCUUCCUCGACAGUUCUGCAGGGGGCCCAGGAGCUCUUCUGGGACCCAAAUCGAAGCUGAAGGGAAGCCUGGGGACUGGCGCUGAGGAGGGGGCACCAGUGGCCACGGGGGUCACCACUCCCGGGGGGAAAAGCCGAAGGCGGCGCACGGCCUUCACCAGCGAGCAGCUUUUGGAGCUGGAGAAGGAGUUUCACUGCAAGAAAUACCUGAGCCUGACAGAGCGCUCCCAGAUCGCCCAUGCCCUCAAGCUCAGCGAGGUGCAGGUCAAGAUCUGGUUUCAGAACCGCCGGGCCAAGUGGAAGCGCAUCAAGGCUGGCAAUGUGAGCAGCCGUUCCGGGGAGCCCGUGAGAAACCCCAAGAUUGUGGUGCCCAUACCUGUGCAUGUCAACAGGUUUGCUGUGCGCAGCCAGCACCAACAGAUGGAGCAGGGGGCCCGGCCCUGAUGGGGGUCCUGGGGUCCAGAAGGCAAAGGAUCAGCACCCGUGCCUGCCCACGACUCCCUGGGGGCUGCCGACGAGAGGGGCGUGGUGGACCCUGCUGGGGAGAGGUCAGCUGUGCUCCUGGAUUGCAGACUGGAGUGCGUGGCCUGGGACUGCCCUGGAGACCUCAGAACUGGCGGUCUCAGGGGUGCAGGGUUCAAAUGCUGACCUCCGAGAGCUUCUGGAGCAGAAGUGGACUCCUGGGGUAGGGGUAUGAAAUGCCCAGGACCUAGAGGGUUCCAUGGCUAAGGCCUGAGGGGGCAGCUUCUAAUAGAGGGGAGAAGGCCUGGGUGGCACCAGCCUGGGGCCACAGUUCCUUAUUUAUUUUGUGUAAAGUUUGUAUAUAUGGAACUAUUUUGUCUUUUGUCUGUCUGUACCCCAAAGGGGGACUGGGAAAACUGCUUCCUUGAGCUUCCCCCAGUUAGUCUCACCCUGCUACCGCUUUGUGAAGGCGCCAUCUCGCUGCUCAGUAUAAGGACAUGCAAAGACAUGAGAUGGAACUGUCACGGCCAAAGUGGGGGGUUCUUAAGCAGCCCACCCUUCCACUCUUAAGCAUCCCUCCACAGUGCAU